GUGUUAUCAAAAAUAAUGUAAAAAAUGUAAAAUCUGAAUUUAAUGUUUCGAUCAAUACCAUAAAGUUUAUCUAUUUGUUCAUAUUGUGCAAAAGCAUGCUUGAAGUGUUGUUAUCAUUGGUUCUUCUAGAAACACCAUUUUUUGAAAAAUGAACAAGUCCCAUUUUGUUCAUAAAGUCUAAAUCUUCUUUGUUUUUAACAACAAAGCAAUGGCUGCUUAUUCUUCUCACAUUUCUUACUGUUCUUGCAGCUGUUUCUGUUGCUGUUACAAUAACCUUAUACUGCUACAAGCACCCACGCCAUUUUCCUGAAAUUAUAAAAUCAGCAUUAAAUGCAGAAUUGUACCAACACGGUGCUGUAGCAGCAGAUGCAAUAAGAUGUUCAAUUAUAGGUCGUGACAUUCUUUUGAAAAAUGGAUCGGCUGUUGAUGCAGCAAUUGCUGUUAGCUUUUGUUUAGGUUUAUUCAGUAUGCAUUCAACUGGAAUCGGAGGUGGAGGACUGAUGCUUGUAUACACUCGUAGUGAAAAGACAAUUGAUUCAUAUGAUUAUAGAGAGACAGCUCCUGGAAAAGCCAGAGAAGAUAUGUUUGUUAAUGAACCUGAUAAAUCAAAAUCAGGUGGUUUAUCAAUAGCUGUACCCGGAGAGGUAAAAGGAUUAUAUGAAGCUUAUAAAAAACAUCACAAAUUACCAUGGAGUGAGUUGCUUCAGCCAACUAUUGAACUCUGUGAGAAUGGCUUUCCUAUGACAUUACGAAUGUAUGAAGCUGCUGAAGCCAUGAAACCAUUGAUUGAAAAGGACAAUGGGUUAAAAGACUUGUUGUUAACAGUUGAUGGAAGCAUAAAAGAAGUUGGUCAAAACAUCACAAAUAAACAAUUAGCAAACACUCUUCGAAUGAUUGCGAAAAAUCCAGAAGAUUUUUACACAGGACCUUUAGCAGAGAACAUUGUAAAAGAUAUUCGUGAUGCUGGAGGUAUAAUUACUUUAGAUGAUCUUGCAAACUAUAAAGUUAUUCAAAGGAAAGCAUUAGUAAAUGAGCUAGGAGAUUUAAUUUUAUACACCACAUCAGCACCAACUGGUGGACCAAUAGUGGCCCACAUUCUUAAUAUUUUGAAAGGUUAUGGUUUUACCGAAGAAGACCUCAAAGAUAAUGAGAAAGCUGUUUUAACGUAUCAUAGAAUAAUAGAAGCAUUUAAGUUUGGUUAUGCUCAAAAAACAAAGAUGGGGGAUCCUAAUUUUUUAGAAAAAGAUUCCCUAAAUCAGUGGCUUCAAAAUAUGACAAGUUUAGAUGUUGGUACUUAUUAUCGUCUAAAAAUUACAGACUAUUUAACUCAUAACAUUAGUUACUACGGAGCAGAAUUACCACCUCCAACUGAUCGUGGUACAACUCACCUGAGCAUAUAUGCUGCCAAUGGGGAUGCAGUAUCAUUAACUUCAACAAUUAAUGAUUGGUAUGGCUCUGGUUUUCGGUCACUUACAACUGGAAUAUUAUAUAAUAACGAAAUGGAUGAUUUUAGCACUCCCGGUCAAAACACAAGAUUUGGGUAUCCACCUACCGCAGCUAACUAUAUUAAGCCAAAUAAACGUCCUGUUUCAUCAAUGGCGCCUGUAAUAAUGACAGAUAGACUUGGUGAUGUUAAGUUAGUCAUAGGUGGAUCUGGAGGUCCAAAAAUUAUUACUGCUGUUGUUCAGGGCAUAAUGUACAAAACAUGGUUUAAUGAUGAUCUUGGACAAGCUGUGAUAAGACCUCGAAUUCAUCAUCAGCUGAUACCUAACAUUGUUGGAGGUGAAUCUAAUCGAGCCCUACCUCAAGUUGUAAGUGAUGGACUUUCGAAGAUUGGCCACGAACUUCGAUAUGUAGUUAAACCAGAGUAUUCAGCUAUUCAAGCAAUUUACGUUGAAAAACCUGGUGAAGUAUAUGCAAAAUCUGAUCCUAGAAAAUAUGGACAUAGUUCUGGAUAUUAAGCUAAAAUUAUUCAAUAGAUAUAGAAAUCUAAAUAUUUAAUAAAUAUUUUGGUUCUCGUUAUUAUUGGUUGAUAUCAAUAAUAAUUUAUACCGACUAAAGAGUUCAAUACUAUUUUAAACGAAUAAAUUUUUUUUUCACUUUAUAUAAAAAAUUUUUAUGAAGCAUUAAUUUUUUAAUAUUGACACUAUAAAAUCUCUAACUUCUUUUCGUUUGAAUAUUUUGUUUUAAUAUAAGCUAUACAGAUAAUAUUUUUCCAGGUAAACAACGUUUAUAAAAUAUUUGAUAAAAAGCGUCAAUUCUAUAUACGGUUAUAUAUAGUCAAUUUAAUAUAUGGUUGACCAUCAUAAUAUCGUAUUUUAUGAAAUAUGAAAGUUAACUUAAUUAUAGGCUGCAAUCAAUUAAGCUAGAUUUUUCCAUUUUAAAACUGUUUUAAUAAGAAAUCCUAUAUAUCUUUUAAUUAAGAAUUUUUAUAUAUUUUGGCAACACUUUUAAUAUUUUACUUUAAUCUGAUAACUAGAGAACGUGAUUUGUUUUACUUAUUAUAUUUUAUUUUAUGUUAAUGUAUUUACUCGAUUGCAAUUUUACUAUGUAAAAGUUGUAUACCUAAAUACUUUAGGAGCAUCCCUCAGAAGUUUUUUGGUAUUCUGGGUAUUUUAACACUUUUGAGAGCUAAACAAUUUAGUAUUUUGGAAAUGAUAUAAAUUAGGUAUUAUAUUUUAGAAUUAAGUUCUAGUAUUUAUUAUAAGAGUAUUGUAGAGUUGAUAUGGUGAAUCUAAAUGCAGCUGGAGAAA